CUGUUGACACUGACAGAUAUGCGGUUCGGUCCGGUCCGGGUGACAUCGACAACGAUCAGUGGAGUGUUAGGAAAUCUGUCAGGUCAUCAAGGUUUUUUAACUUCCACUUAAAAUGGAAGUUUGCGUGGAUUCUGUGGAAUCUGCAGUGAAUGCCGUCAGAGGGGGAGCUGCGCGUUUGGAGUUGUGUUGUUGUCUGAGCGAAGGGGGCCUCACACCAACCCCUGGCUUAUUGAAGGCUGUAACAUCAGUUGUCAACAAGGCAGUUCCUGUAUUUUGCAUGCUGCGUAUUCGAGGUGGUAAUGACUUUCUGUACUCCCCGGCAGAAGUAGAAGCUAUGAAGAUGGAUGCCCUACUCUUGAGAGCUAUAGGGAAGGUUGAUGGCUUUGUAUUUGGUGCUCUGACCUCUAAUGGAGACAUUGACGUAAAUGCUUGCCAGGCCAUUCUCCAAGUUACAGCACCUCUUCCAGUAACGUUCCAUCGUGCAAUUGAUGUGUGCCGUGAUCCUCUUCUAGCUGUAUCUCUAGCCGCUGAAUUAGGUUUUAAGAGGAUCCUCACUAGUGGACAACAGGAAAGUGCUUUGAAAGGUGUAGCUCUUAUCAAGAAAAUGGUUGAAAAAGCUGAAGGUCAAAUAUCAAUCAUGGUUGGAGCGGGAGUGACCAAAGACAACGUAGCUUCAAUUCUUCAGCAGACAGGUGCAAGGGAAUAUCAUGGCUCAGCACGAAGUCAUGCACAGUUAACAGAUGAUUCAACCAAACUCAGCAUGGGCAAAGUAUCCCCUUUAACUGACUCUGAGCAGGUGACCGAAACAAUAAAAGCUGCCGAAAGGGUGCUUAAUCAGUGAGUUAAAAAUCCAGAAACAUACGUACUAUUUAUUUUUUGUAAAACUAUGUAACAAAUAUCUUAGGGUCUAUAAAUUUUCUUAUUUACAAAAAAAGGCAUCAAGUUGAAACAAA